AUGACCUACUCGCCCGUCCAGUCCGAGAUCGAAUACUUCGUCAAAACCUUCGAUCACAACCUCGUCAACUCGCCAGUCGAGUUUCAGGACCCGGACACUGUGGACCAUGCCUGGGCAAGCCUCUACGAUGCUGGAGCAACGGCGCUCUCUAUAGAUGAGGCGCACAGAAUCCCGAAUGCAACAAUUAGUAGCGAUCAUGGAGGUUCGAAAGAGUAUCUGGUGCAACUAGGUGUCUUUCACCAGCUCCACUGCUUGGAUGUAAUGCGCCAAGCCUUGGAGCCUUUAUACGGACUCAAAAACGAUUCGCUGGCACGUCUGCAGGCCAAUGGCGGAACACGACAACGAAAGCAAUUACCCAAACGACAGCGAGAGAGUAAGCCAUCAAGAGAGUCCCAGCAUGACCCAAGACCCUGGAAGCUCAUCGGAAACGUCAAGCAUUUGAACCAUUGUCUCAACGCUUUGCGCCAGGCGAUCAUGUGUCACAGCGACGUAUCCGUACUCGUGUGGCAGUGGUUCGACCCAGUCGAAGAAUAUGCACCUGAUCCAUUUGAUGAGCUGAGGCCGUUCAAUGUGCCUUACACGAACGUGCCGCAUACCUGUCGAAACUUCGACAAAAUCAGCGAAUGGGCCAAAGCGAGACGACCGGCGACCUUGCCAGAUUUUACACAGCGGCCCCAAGGAAGUGACCUCAACAUUGAAAGCUGGCCGUAA